AUGGAGUGGAUUGUGGACACAGGUGCAUCUAAUCAUAUGGCAUCUAACUUACAAAUGUUAAAAGCAUACAGGCUAGUGCCACAAUCAGACAAGAGCAUAGUUCACUUACCUACAGGAAAUAUAGUCUCAGUCACACACAGAGGAUUGACUUAUGACCUCUUCAGUGGACAGGUGAAAGCUGUUCCAAAAUAUACUGACAAAUUUGCCUCAAGGGCCAUUCCUACAGUUCUCAUGGGAAAUGUGAUGUUUCAAGAGUCUAUCUUUCCAUUCAAGCAACGGAAGUUUGCAGGCAAUCCUGUGUUCCCAGUACUAGAUAUAUUAUCACCUAUGGCAUCUAAUGACACUAAGAAUCAACCAGUUGCUUGCUCACCUGGUACUUCUAAUAGCUUAACUCAGGGGGAUAUUAACUCACCUCCUUCCUCUACUGCAGUUCAUGAGGAGUCAUCCUCUACUGAAGCAAAUCCAACUCUUCAUAUUACAGCUUAUAAUUCAUCACCACUCAAUUCUGAUACAGCCCAAGAGCUCAUGAGGUAUGGUAGACCAAGCAGACCUUAUGUAUGGUUGCAAGAUUAUGUCACUAAACCAGCAACUCAUACAUGUCCUUAUCCUAUCUCAUCCUAUGUAACCUACUCCAAGUUGACGAUACCUUAUCAACAUCUACUGGCACUUCACUCAGCUAUUCCUGAACCUAAGUCCUUUAAAGAGGUUGUCUCAGAUCCCAAUUGGGUUAAGUACAGGGCUUCAGGUGAAGUUGAAAGGUAUAAGGCUAGAUUGGUGGCCAAAGGGUACAACCAUAAAGAAGGGCUUGACUACACUGAGACCUUCUCUCCAGUGGCAAAAAUGGUCCCUGUGAGGUCUGUUAUAGCUCUAGCUGCCUCUCUGAAUUGGCAGAUUUACCAAAUGGAUGUACACCAUGCAUUUCUCAAUGGUGAUCUUCUUGAGGAAGUGUAUCUGUAUAUUCCUGAAGGCUUUUGCAGACAGGGGGAGACUCAGAAGGUCUGCAAACUCUAA